GAUAAAACAACAAAAAUACAAACAAUGGAGGACAUCUUCUUUGACUGCUGCAGCGAGGGUGAAGCCGAAUGCGAGACUAUACUCAUGCAGCGUGAGGGCAUACUCAAGGCUGGAAAAGGAGACGCUGCCGACCACUGUUUGUUGCAAAGUAAAUCCAACAAGUAUGAUGAUCCCAUACAGAUACGCGACAUAUUACAUCGUGCCGCGAAUAGUGCACAGAUACUGCUACACGGCCUGGGUGGGCAUUGCGAGUACACGAAGUUUGAGCCACAAGGAUGCAAGUGUUUCUAUCCGGCAACGUUGGAGAUCACCACACGAGUUCACACGGAAUCGUCAUGUGGCUGUCCCCCGCAUUGCCAAUGUGUACUGCGCGGCAGUCCGGUCACCCUAAAACUGCCUCUGGAGCUGAAUCCGCACAACGGCCAGGUCAAUGUGAAAAUCUUUCAGCCGAGCACGAAGCAAUUGACUGGUGCCGGCGAAGGUGUCGGCGGUGGCGAUAAGCGCGCCUCCAAUCCCUCUCCAAAUAACAUGCAGCGGCAUUCACAGCGACGCGAAGGCCCUAAGAAAAUCGGUCGUCGUGUGCGUUGGGAUGCUUAGGAGCUAUGGCGGCAGUUCUUCCAGAUUUUUGUAACUCCAGUGAGAAGCGUGGAUUUUGUUACCACGCAGCAGUGAAGAGCAUGGAGAUGUGUUAUUGCAAUUCGAUAGCAAGCCAGAGCAACAAAAAUGUGGUGAGAAGCAUGGGACAAGCUCCACGGUUUACAUAUCAGCAAACAGCUUUGAGGUGCGUUUGUCAAUUUUGUUAACGGUCAAAAGCGCGCCUUGCUUAUCGAUAUCACUCGUAUUUGAAAUAAUUUAUUUGUAAAUUCAGUUCGAUUAAAUAAGCAACAUUUGA